CGGAAACCUCAACCUACCUCGCUCUGAUGCACCUCCCUGACUUUCGUUUGCACUUAAAUAAGGCCAGUGUCAUCAUGAGCCGUGUACAGUUCAUGCGGGAAGUGUUUUUAAAGCAAGUAGGCCUAUCAUUAACUUCUGUGGAAUAGUGUCGACACUCGACAGGCCAAAUAGACACAUGAUGAUUACCAAGGGUAAGUGCGAUUCAAUUAGCUUAUUUCAAGAUUUGUUUAGCGCCAUAAUACAACCAUAGAACAUUACUUGUUUCAUUCUGCUUGUAAUGGCGCUAAAAGAGAAAGUAUGAAUGAUGUAAGUUUUCCACUAGAUAGCACAGCCACAAAGUCAAAGCGGGCUAUAUCGUACAAAUGAAUGAUCUUUUUUGUUGUUGAUUUUUGGUCUUAAUUUAAGGUUAGGCAUAAGUUAGGUUCAAAAUCACAUUUUAAGAAGAGACAUGUAGAAAUAGGCGCGGUUCAUCACUUUGAAGCUGUGGUAGCUUAACUAGUGACGACCGGUUACUGAUGAAGCGUUGCACUUCCGCGAAGAGAAGGAAAGUAAGAAUAACUCCCAUCUCUCUUAUUUAUUCCGUUUGGAGUCGCCAAAUGUUCGGUCUGUAAAAAAAUAAAGUGCUGCGUUGUUGAGCUAUAUUGUUUCUACUAUAAAGAAAAGGCAAAUGUCGCACGCUAGUAGUGACUCCGAUGCAAUCAUUAUUGCAACUACUGUUGUUUUCAAACAACCACUUUACAUCAACAUGUAGGCUACAUGUAUGCUAUCUCACUGGACUCACCCAGGGUUGGGGUCAAAUCCAUUUCAGGAACUAAACUGUCAUUCCAAUUGUAAAUUUUUCUCUGUGAGAAAUGUGGGUUACUUCCUGAAUUGAAAUGGAAUUGACCCCAACCCUGAGCUCACCCAUAUACACUACAUGACGAAAAGUAUGUGGACACCUGCUCGUCUAACAUCUCAUUCCAAAAUCAUGGGCAUUAAUAUGGAGUUGGUCCCCCACUUUGCUGCUAUAACAGCCUCCACUAGAUGUUGGAACAUUGCUGUGGGGACUUGCUUCCAUUCAGCCACGAGCAUUAGUGAGGUCAGGCACUGAUGUUUGGCGAUUAGGCCUGGCUCGCAUGGUGAUCUUAGGCUUGUGUGCGGAAGCCCAUUUCGUGAGGCUCCCAACAUUGCUUUCAGAGGCAGUUUGGAACUUGGUAGUGGGUGUUGCAACCUAGGACAGACGAUUUUUACGUGCUUCAGCACUCGGUAGUCCUUUUCUGUGAGCUUGUGGCAUACCACUAUGCGGCUGAGCCAUUGUUGCUCCUAGACGUUACCACUUCACAAUAACAGCACUUACAGUUGAUCCGGGCAGCUCUAACAGGGCUGACUUGUUGGAAAGGUGGCAUCCUAUGACGGUGCCACGUUGAAAGUCUCUGUGCUCUUCAGUAAGGCUAUUCUACUGCCAAUGUUUGUCUAUGGAGAUCGCAUGGCGGUGUGCUCGAUUUUUAUACACCUGUCAGCAACGGGUAUGGCUGAAAUAGCCGAAUCCAUUAAUUUGAAAGGGGUGUCCACGUACCUUUGUGUGUGUGUGUGUGGUAUAUAUAUAUAUAUAUAUUAGUGUACCUCCUCAAUCCAUUCCUCUCUCCCACAAUACAUUCCCCUUUCCCUCCCUCUCUCUCCAUCCCUCUAGGCUGUACCAGGAGACUGUUCCCCAGGCCUGGUGUCUCCAGACUGGUUGUCCUGUCUCUCUCCUUCCUGGCUCUGCUGCUACUCUACAGGUGGGUGACAGGUCAGACAGGCAGAUAUAAUGUAAAUCAUGACUUCAUGAUCAUUUCUUCUUCUUCAGCUCUCUGAUGGGUCCCCACAGCCCCUCUGCGCUGCACAAGGUCUUCCUCCAGCUCAGACACGUCCGCUCCUACCCCCUCCUCAGACGGCCUCGCUGCUGCCUCCUCCACCCCUCCAACUCCACACCCAACCCUGGACCCAGUCAUCCCAGACCCAACCCCUGGUCCCUCUACCCUGGCUCCAACCCCGACCUUGAAGCCAGCCCCGUCCUUCUGCUCCUAGCAAUCAAGUCCCACCCUGCCAACUCUGACCGCCGGGCUGCCAUACGAGCCACCUGGGGCGGGGAGAGGGAGUGGAGAGGUCAGGGGGUGAGGAGGGUGUUUCUACUGGGCCUGGGGAGAGACCCGGAGGUGGGGGAGGAGAGCGAGAGGUACGGGGACAUCCUCCAGUGGGGGUUCAGAGAAUCCUUUUACAAUGUGACCUUGAAAGAGGUUCUGUUCUGGAACUGGUUCCACCAGGAGUGUUCUAGAACCACUCUCUACGUUCUAAAGGGGGACGAUGACGUUUAUGUGGAUGUGGCGAGAGUGGUUGGGUUCCUACAGAACAGGGAAAGGGGGAUGAGGAGAGGAAAAGGGAGAGAAGAGGGAGAGACAGAGAGAGGAACAGAGGGAGGGGCAGGGAGAGAGAGAGGAACAGAAACACCAGCAGGGUCUCCCCAGCCUCUCUACAUGGGACGUAUCUUUGUGGACACCCACCCCGUGCGUAUAUGGUGGAAUAAGUACUACGUCCCCUACAGCCUGUACCAUAGCCCCUACCCCCCCUACGCUGGGGGCGGGGGCUACCUCCUCUCCAGAGAUGCCCUCUCUCUUCUCCUCCACGCCUCCCCCAGGGUGCCUCUCUUCCCCAUCGACGAUGCCUAUGUCGGCAUGGUCGCACAGGUGAGUUGAUUGAUUGGAUGAAUUUGAUCGCAUGCAGAAUGAAAUUUAAUUUAAAUCAUAUUUGGUCAUUUAGAAAUAUACAUGUAGACGCAGGGUCACAAAUGGCACCCUAUUCCUCCAUUGGUCAAAAGUAGUGCGCUGAAUAGGGUGCUAUUUGGGACACUCACCACAAUGGACAAACUCACAGAAGCAAAUCAAACAAAAUAAUUUACCUUCCCCCUCUUUCUUUCCUUCGCUCUCUCUCCCUCUCUCAAUCUCUCCCUCUUCGCCUCUAUUCUCUCCUCUCUCCCCUUCCCCCUCUAUCCCCUCUCUCCCUCUCUCAAUCUCUCCCUCUUCCGCCUCUCUUUUCUCUUCCCUCUCUCCCCUUCCCCCUCUAUCCUCUCUCUCCCUCUCUCAAUCUCUCCCUCUUCCGCCUCUCUUUUCUCUUCCCUCUCUCCCUCUCUCCCCCCUAUCCUCUCUCUCCCUCUCUCCAGGCAGCUAACCUAACAGCCAGACACCAUCCUGGUUUCAUGCCUGUGGAGUACUCUCCCUCCCUCCGCCCCUGUCACUACCUCAACGGGUAAAAGCACUCCUUCACUCCCAUGUCUAUCAAACACCUAAACGUUAACAAGUAUCUGAGCUCUGUCAGUGCGCCAGAAUGUGUAAGGACAGUGUGUUAUGUUUGUGGCUGUACGAGAUGUGUACAAUAUACAGUACCAGUCAAAUGUUUGGACACACCUACUCAUUCAAGGGUUUUUCUUUAUUUUUACUAUUUUCUACAUUGUAGAAUAAUAGUGAAUACAUCAAAACUAUGAAAUAACACAAAUGGAAUCAUGUAGUAACCAAAAAAGUGUUAAACAAAUCAAAAUAUAUUUUAUAUUUGAGAUUCUUCAAAGUAGCCACCCUUUCCUUGAUGACAGCUUUGCACACUCUUGGCAUUCUCUCAACCAGCUUCACCUGAAAUGCUUUUCCAACAGUCUUGAAGGAGUUCCCACAUAUGCUGGGCACUUGUUGGCUGCUUUUCCUUCACUCUGCGGUCUGACUCAUCCCAAACCAUCUCAAUUGGGUUGAGGUCGGGUGACUGUGGAGGCCAGGUCAUCUGAUGAAGCACUCCAUCACUCUACUUGUUGGUCAAAUAGCCCUUACACAGCCUGGAGGUGUGUUGGGUCAUUGUCCUAUUGAUAAACAAAUAAUAGUCCCACUAAGCCCAAACCAGAUGGGAUGGCGUAUCGCUGCAGAAUGCUGUGGUAGCCAUGCUGGUUAAGUGUGCCUUGAAUUCUAAAUAUAUUACAGACAGUGUCACCAGCAAAGCACCCCCACACCAUCACACCUCCUCCUCCAUGCUUCACGGUGGGAACUACACAUGCAGAGAUAAUCCGUUCACCCACACAGCAGCAUUUGGAACCAAAAAUCUUAAAUUUGGACACAUUUGCACCGGUCUAAUGUCCAUUGCUCGUGUUUCUUGGCCCAAGCAAGUCUCUUCUUCUUAUUGGUAACCUUUAGUAGUGGUUUCUUUGCAGCAAUUCGACCAUGAAGGCUUGAUUCACACAGUCCCCUCUGAACAGUUGAUGUUGAGAUGUGUCUGUGACUUGAACUCUGUGAAGCAUUUAUUUGGGCUGCAAUUUCUGAGGCUGGUAACUCUAAUGAACUUAUCCUCUGCAGCAGAGGUAACUCUGGGCCUUCCAUUCCUGUGGCGGUCCUCAUGAGAGACUGUUUCAUCAUAGCGCUUGAUGGUUUUUGCAACUGCACUUGAAGAAACCUUCAAAGUUCUUAAUGUUCCGUAUAGACUGACCUUCAUAUCUUAAAGUAAUGAUGGACUGUUGUUUCUCUUUGCUUAUUUGAGCUGUUCUUGCCAUAAUAUGGACUUGGUCUUUUCCCAAAUAGGGCUAUCUUCUGUAUACCCCCCCACACCUUGUCACAACACAACUGAUUGGCUCAAACGCAUUAAGAAGGAAAUGCAUUCCAAAAAUUAACUUUUAAGAAGGCACACCUGUUAAUUUAAAUGCAUUCCAGGUGACUACCUCAUGAAGCUGGUUGAGAGAAUGCCAAGAGUGUGCAAAGCUGUCAAGGCAAAUGGUGGCUACAUGAAGAAUCUCAAAUAUAAAAUAUUUUGAUUUGUUUAACAAUUUUUUGGAUACUACAUGAUUCCAUAUGUGUUAUUUCAUAGUUUUGAUGUCUUCACUAUUAUUCUACAAUGUAGAAAAUAGUAAAAAAGAAAAACCCUUGGAAUGAGUAGGCGUAUCCAAACCUUUGACUGGUAGUGUACAUGACAUAGGUCAUAGCAUCUAUUUUGCAGUACUUUUAGGGGUGCAAAGUUUCUUGUAUUUUAUAAAGAUUCCUGGAAUUAUGAGGGAAUAAACAGAAAAUCCAAGAAUCCUCCAACCAGGAUUUUUUAAAAAAAAAACUUGGAAUUUGGUGAAAGUUACAGGAGUUUUGCAACCCUAUGUGUCUAAGACCAUUUUCCCCUCUGGGACAUUAAAGUUAAUCCUAUCUUGUCACUACCGCAGGAUCAUGGUCCUCCACAAGCUGCUACCCACAGACCUGCUUCAUCUCUGGAACUUCCUCCAGACCCAGGUGCACUCCUGUAAGGACUCUGCCCAGGAUGGGCUCACCUUGGCCGGAGCGGACGCCCCU